AUGUUCAAUCAAUCCGGGGACAAGCCCCGUGGUGUUGUUCCCUCUGGUUCAGGAUACGGAGGCGGUCAGCAUGGCCUCACUCUCAACACAUCCGGUCAACCAUAUCCCAGGUUUGGCAUGCCGCAAGGCAUCGGUGGUUCUUCAACAUGUCCGCCACAGCAACAACAACAACAACAACACCAACAUCAACAUCACCAGCAGCAGCAGCAGCAGCAGCAGCAGCAGAGGGAUUUCAGCUCGUCCAUGGAAUGGAUGUCACAUGGCCCGCAGCAGACGCGCUUCAACGUUGUCUCCUCUAUGAACCAUGCGCCGCAACAACAGCAGCAACAGGACGACGAAAUGGAGCUGAAUGAAAUGAGCUCAGCUAGACCUGGGGUGUCGAAUUUGAUCGCCCGUUUUGAAGGCAUUCGCGCUGCACCGCCGACAAGUAGCAGAGUCAUGAGUCCUAUGAGUUCUGUAGCAAGCCCGACAAUCACCAGCCCAUCAUCGGCACAUUUUGGCAGCAUGCACAGCAGUUCAGCGACUAUGAGUGCGUCUGGCAUGAGUAGAAUCACUAGUCCCGUUCCCAACAGCCCGGCAACACCCAAUUAUUUUCGUGCCCCGGAAUCAUAUCGCCCACCUGUGCCCAGGAGUACCAAACCCGUGCUGGAUCGCGCGCCGUCUAAUAUCCCGCUAUAUACACCAGAUCAAAGAUUUGGUGAUGGGAGCAGUCGUGCUACUCCCUCAAAUAUUGCCUCUCCUCUACAGCCUCAACCUCUUUCCCAACCCCAGCCUCUCGCAUUCAGCCCACAGCAAAACACCUUCAGUCCGGCAUCGAAUGCUUUCAGCCCUCCGCAAAAUACCUUUAGUCCUCCUCCGAAUACCGUCAGCCCGCCUCCCGCGUCUUUUAGUCCAGCACCGUUCAGCCCUGCACCGACACCUUUUAGCCCGGCGACUUCCGCCUUCAGCCCGGCACCCACACCAGCCCCGAGUCUUAUUCCUAUAACCCCAAGUGGAAUGCAAACGCCAUUUGGCCCUCCCCCUCCCACAUCUUUCCCGAGCUUAUUUUCUAACGCCUUGCAGGGCCAAGCUCGACCGCCCAGUGUUGCACCUACACCAAAGCCUGCAACGGGCAGUAGACCGUCGCGCGAGCAGGUACCUGCAGAGGCAUGGGAGUCUUUUAGGCUCACCAUCAAGCAACUGUACCUGGAGGAACGGCGGCCCCUGAAAGAAGUCAUGCAGAUUAUGGCCGAGCAGUAUGGCUUCCAAGCAACGCCCAAGAUGUAUAAGACGAGGUUCUCCCAGUGGGGGUUUGUCAAAAAUAACACCGAAGAUGAGGUCAAGCGACUUUUGUCGAUGAAGUUUCAACGCGAUGCCGAGGGCAAGGUUUCCGAAUUUGUUCGAAACGGCAGGGUAGUCAACCUGGGCACGUAUCUCAAGAGGAAAGGAGUAACGGAAUACGAUCUCGUCGACUUUGAAACACCGGCUCAACUUCCGUCGUAUGUGCGAUGCCGUACCCCGACACCGCCACCCGCUCCGGGUUAUCUGCGAUCACCAGACCUGCUCCGAGCGCAGGAGACAGUUGUUGGAAACAUGAGGAAGGCUUUUUUGCACUGUCGGCAAUUCGAGGUAGAAACUGAUCGGCAAAUCGGAUGGACAUCGAUCAUGCUUUGGGGUGCCGGAUCGAGCGACAUGUUUGCCGACGCUAACAAGAAGUUCGAAAUGGGUGAGCACGACGCAGGUGGGCACUUGUUAAUGAGGGCGUUCAAGAGGUUGGAAAUGGACCUCAAGCAACUAUCACCGCAAGGUAUCAAAGAGCUACUCUUAGGAAUGGUGCAUCGCGACGCCGGCAUGAUGACUGCACUCUGCAAGUACUUGGCAGCAUAUUCAACAACGAACUUUGAACGAUCGCACCCACUACGACAGACUUUCUCGACCUUGUACGAAGUGCAGCAGAAACACGGCCCGAUUACGCUCUCAGAACUUGUCUGGGGCUGCAUACCGACAAUUGCCGAAGAACUCGAAGCCAUAUAUGGUCGACGACACCCUUAUGUGGCUAGAACAUGGAUCGACCUGGCCAUCUUUUAUAACCACGCCAACCCCGAGAGACUCGAAAAGCUGCUUACAGAACUUCAACCGAUGCGGAGACAGAUAGCGGGACGUUACGGACAGAACAGCGCAGAGGAUCUGUGUCUCCGAUACGCCAUCGUACAGUUGUUGCAGGCAGCUUGGCCGAACGGCGACACGACUCGUCUGGAAGCGUUGGACCUGUGGAAUGCGAUGAAGAACGCCGGUCUCGUUUUUCCCGUCCGAGGAGCGGAGCACAACACGUUCUGCUACCACAGCCCUGUAAAGAUCGAUCCUUGGGAAAGACGUUGCAGAGACCGGUAUAACGUUGGCGUCCAGUUCUUUCAGCAGCACUGCGGCAUCAAGGUGUUGCCGUACUUUGAGGAGGACAUGCACUACACAGAGCACGCCCCUGAUUCGAACGCCGCGCUCGCAGCAGCUCUGGGACAUGUGGCGCCCUCCAAAUUCUCGCUCAUCUAA